CCCUCCGUAGUUGGAAACCUAAAGCUAAGCCAUGGAGUGCCCGAGUUUUGUCUUCCUAAGUGCAUCGUCAAGGCUCUCAAGAGGAGAAAAUAGAACCAGGCUUCAAAACCGGUUCAAUCCGUUGCUUCAUCAGUGUUAGGAUUAACGGUGUCACUGAUUCUUGUCCUCUGGCGGUGUACAAAUAAAAGGCACGAUCCGGCUUCGACCUCUUCCAAGAAGUCUCUUUCAUCGGUGUCUUAGUGAAGCCUUUUCAUGGCCGAGCGUGAGGCACUGAGAAAACAUUUGUAAUCUUGUGAUGGUCAUGACAGCUUGUUCAGGAAUUGAUAAUAAAGGGAACGAGUCCAGCCAAGUGACAGGACAUGGAGAUAUCUACAGUUACAGCAUCGUCUCGCUAGAGAUUUUCGCUGGGAAGAGGCAUGCUAAUGGCGAAGGUUUCAACCUCCAUGACUCUGUUGAAAAAGCAUUAUCUGGUGAAGCAGAAGAGAUUGCAGACCCCGUGCUGUUCCAGGGUAUGGAAGAAACAGAAGAAGUCAGACACAAAAACCAGAUUUGAACCAGCAAUGGAAGACGCAAAUCUUCAGUUCCUAUCAGUAGGCGACAUUUGUAGUCUUCGUGUCCAAAAAAUAAGUGCUUGUUUUUUCCCUACUUUUUCCCCUUUCAGAUAGGAGGAAUGCUUAUUUUCUGGCAUCGGAAUUCAUGCAUCAAUGCUUGAAGCAGUAACUAAUCUAAGCAUUUUUUUUUUUUU